GCUUGCUGUCCUCCAGGCUGCAGCCCUCUCCCUCUCUCUCUUUCUCUUUCUCUCUCUCUCUGGCUGUCAUGAGCUGCUUGCACUGAGCUUGCACUAGUAGUGAGUGACCAGCACCCAGUGCACACAGCGCAGCACCCUCUCCUCACACCUGGGUGCCACAUUCCUCAUCUCCAGCCAUCAUGGACCCUUUUGACACAGAGCUCUGCUACCCCCCGGACCCCAGCAUUGUGCAGCCCAACUGUAACGGGCAACCAGUCCCAGGACCCCCGGAGCAGGCACCCAGCAAGACCCUGGAGCUCCCAGUCCAAAUGGAGAGGGAGCAGCAGAUGAAGAUGAGUGAGAGCGGCCAGUUCAGUGACCUGGUGGAGAACAGAGGUUUAUUAGAAAGCAGCACAAAACUUAAGCCGCACGAAGCCCAAAACUACAGGAAAAAGGCCUUAUGGAUAUCAUGGACGUCAAUCGUUGUCACGUUGGUGUUGGCGGUUGCAGCCUUUACCGUCUCUGUGAUGAGGUCCAGCGCGUCAUCAUUUGGAUUUGCAUUUGAUGCCGUUCUGGAUGUCUUAUCCUCAGCUAUCGUCUUAUGGCGUUACAGCAACGCAGCGGCCGUACACUCGGCGCACAGGGAAUACUUAGCCUGCGUGAUCCUGGGGGCAAUAUUUAUGGUGUCAGCGCUGUGCAUUGUGGCGAAAGCCAUCCAUGACCUCUCCAUCCGAGUGCUGCCAGAAGUUGAUAACUUUUUAUUCAGUGUCUCCAUUUUAAGUGGAAUUCUCUGCACUCUAUUGGCUAUCGUGAAAUUCAUGUUGGGGAAGGUCCUGACGAGUCGAGCGCUCAUCACUGAUGGAUUUAACUCUUUGGUGGGCGGCAUCAUGGGAUUCUCCAUCCUCAUUAGCGCCGAGGUGUACAAGCACAACUCGUCAGUUUGGUACCUGGAUGGAUCUGUCGGGAUCUUGAUCGGACUAAUAAUUAUGGGUUAUGGACUCAAAUUACUAUUGGACAUGGUUCCUCGCGUGAGGCAGACUCGUCACUAUGAGAUGUUUGAGUGAAGGAUGGGGGCUUAUUCGCUCCCCAAAAACUUUUUUUUAGCACAACUGAGAGCAGCAAAUCUUUCAAUGGUGUGUUACCCACUUAUACCGUUGGGUUGUAUGAAAAUUCGAAACUCUAAUAAUGUCCCCUCUUCGCCAAUUACCAUUUAUCGGAGCGGCGUGCGAAGGCCAAACCUCCACAGUGACGUGUCCUGAAGAAGCAGCGCACAAACCUCCGAGAAAUGGACUAAUGUUAUUUGUAUCUAUGAGUGUUCUGUACGAAUCUACAAGAGUGGACCCCGACAUGGCCGUCCAAGGACACAACAGCUGUACGACGCUGCAAGCCACAGAGUAUUUUUCUAUAUAGGUAUAUACUAUAUAUAUGUGCAUAGCGGCCUCAUGAACUCCGUGUAUACCAUGAUCACUCCUCAAGCACAGACUGAACCCCAAAAUCCAAGCACAGCGCAGGGCGACAAAAAUCACUCAGAUAGCUCAUUCUAAAAAUACUACCAUGUGCUUAUAUCUAUAUUUUUGUCCAUAGGGGACAGUAUAGUUGUGAUUAUUUUUUUUUCCAUAGGGGUAGUAGUCCUUUAGAUAUUCUGCUUAGUUUUUCAGGGAAAGUGGUGGAAUGGGCUUUACCUUUGACAACCUUUUUUGGUAAUCCAAAAAUGAGCUCAGAGCAGUUGUCGCUUCCGUUUCCGAACUCUUCUAGGCAAAAGUCUUAUGAAGCGCAUUAGCCAGCAGGGGGCAACAAUGAGCACAGGAUUAAGAUGGAAUCUAUGCUCCAUGACAUUGUUACCAUUUAACUUAAAGUGAAUGUCCAUCUUUGAAUACCAUUUUUUAUUUAAAUAUCCCACAUUGUAUGCUGAUUUAUUCAUAUAGCUUCAUAGUACUGGAGAUGGAACUUUCUUUGUCUCACCCAGAGCUCUACAUCCCCUACACCAGUGUUUCCCAACCAGUGUGCCUCCAGCUGUUGCAAAACUACAACUCCCAGCAUGCCUUGACAGCCUUUGGUCGUGCGGGCAUGCUGAGAGUUGUAGUUUUGCAACAGCUGGAGGCACACUGGUUGGGAAACACUGCCCUACACAGACACAAAGCGAAAUGAUAAAAUCCUGGCUGCCUGCAGCCACCACUAGGGGGAGCUCACUGCAUACUGUUAGACAUUGAGCUCAAUAUGCAGUGAGCUCCCUCUAGAGGCAGUUCGCGGCAGCUAUGCAUAUCUGUGCAGGGGAUUUGAAGCUCUGUAUCAGAAAAAAAGCUUCAACCAUUAUAUUAAGAAAUCUAAAAAUGACAUGGUGAUAGGAGGUGGAGAUUCCCUUUAAGAACAUUUAGUGCAUUAUUCAUAGUAUUAUCAAUUGAAGUGUGCUUUACCCUUUAAGGACACACUUUGAAGCUGACCAUAGACAUGAGAUAUUACAGUUAAUUAAAAUUGUCAUGAUUACUGGAACAGUCCUGAAUGGGGAUCGGCAGCCGCUUAUAUCCAUAGAAAUAAUGAACCCAUUCCUGGUUAUAAACUCAUACUUGCCAACAGUGCCAAUUUUUUAAAGUCUUUUUGCAAGACUUCCCUGCAAGCUGAAUCACACAGGGUGGGAUUUAUGCAAAUUUGCAUAAAAAUAGGAAUUCCUGCCACUUUAAGAGGAGGUCCCAAGGUAGAAUGUGGGUGGGGCUUCGAAGAUCCUGCAAUUCGAGAUUCAAAGUAGACUAGUAGGGAGAUGUCUUCUAUCUAUGGCCAGCUUUAUCCUGCAUUUGGAAGCAGCAAGCACAGAACUUUUUCAGCAUUACUGAUAAUGAUGCAUAUUUAACCCUUACCUACCCCCAAAGACACUGAGUGACGCAGCUUGUAAUGACGGCAUAGAGUGAUUAUUAUAUUUUUGUGAACACGUGCAAUAAAUAGGAAAAAGUUGAACCAUUUGGAGAGUUUUCCUCGUCGGACGCAGGGCGUCGGGGACCGGACGGGCGUUCCUUCAGUAUUUUUGUGGCCGUCAGCAGAGGAUCGGUAACGAUAUGUCUCGUGGUGCAUUACAUGCGAUUUACGCAGGGUCUUACAAUGCAAAUCCAUAGAUUAAAGCAAUACAGGUGCCGAUGGCGGAGGUGAAGUGUGUAUUGCACACGUGGCACUAAUGAAGCACAAGUAUCUUUUUUUAUUAUUUUUGUUACUAAAUAAUAGAAGGUCCAGAUAAAAAAAAAAUUAAAAUAGGCAAUGAGAUUACUCCAGUAUGUCAAUGUCCACCCUCAGGCAAUAUGAACAUGUAACACCUUCCUGCAACUUGGUUUACAAUUAUUAUUGGUUUUUUUUAAGGGCUCAUGCACACAAUCAUUUCACAGAAUCAGAUUCGCAAAAAAUACAGAUGACGUCCGUGUGCAUUCCGUAUUUUGCAGAACGGACCAGCUGGCCCUUCAUAGA